AAUGGGCGAUGAAACAUACUUCAUUUCGCUUAACUCAUUUUGAUACAGCCGCAGAGCAAUUUUUCAACAAUUUUCCAACUUCAAAAAGAAACAAAUUUCUACCAAAUUCGCCGGCGCUUGCGGUUCAAUCGAGAACGAGAAUGGGUCUGAAACGCUUUGUGUCCUCUAUGCUGCGCAAGUCCCCGAUUUGUCCGUCCGAGCCCGGCAAGCUGGCCGCCGGAUGCCCAUCCGUGUUCGCCGAGGAUGGUACGUGGAACGCCAAGUUCAUCAGGAAGACGGUCCGCGAGGAGAGGACCGGUGACGCAUCCGUGAAGAAGCAACAGUCCAGCCGCAAGGAGGCCGAACAACCGCCCACCUUUAGGCUCCCCCGCAAACGUUCCUGGCUGCUGAGGCGCAUGGUUCCCUCGUAGACACAAGAAAUGCUAAAUCUGAAAUGCCAAUUUUAGUCCAAAGAACACACAAGUUGUGCUGUCUUAUCGCUCUGCUGUGCCAACUGCUGAUUAACAAUGACAGCAGAAACCUUGGCAAUAUGUGCAUGUCCGGGUUCCGAACUUCCCCUUCCAGAAAGAUUAUUAUGGUUAAUGUUGGUGCCAUUGUCGUGUUGCCUGUUGUUGUUUCCCCGUCAACUCCUUUCCCCCCUUGUGCAAAUAUUUUACACGACACACGAGCUGCACAAAGCCAAAGCGCACAAGUAAAAGUAAAUUAUAAGCAAAGGCAACAAUAGCAGCAGCAGCAGCAGCAGCAGCAACAGCAGCAGCAGUUGCAACAAUGAUGCAGUGCCAUGUUGAAACGCAACUGAUUGUGCGCGAAAAGUUUUUGUUGAUGCCACGCGCUGGAAAAAACCAAGAAAAAAAAAAAACCGAGGAAAAGAUGCCGGAGCAACAAAAAGACAGCGCCCGGUUUUCGGUUAACAUGACUUAUUAUUACGGGCGGAAAAGUGGGAGUGGCAGCGCGGACUCCGGACUCAGACUUGCCAACUAGUUCAAGAUGAAGUCGCGGUGAAAAUGGAUCACAGCGAAUGCCAUGAAAAUGAAGGCGGCGUGGGUUUCUCUUUUGUCAUGCGUCCCACAACCGCAAACUAAUAUGCUAAAACGAUACCCUAAGAAAGGGAAUUUCCUGGUAAAGUAAAGGAAAGUAUGUACAUUUUCAACUGAAUAUUCCUUUCAUUUUUUGGAGCAUUCCAAAAUACUGUUUUAGAGUU